AUGAUCGAGUCUGUGCAGUCCCUGGUACGCAAUAUUCUGCACCCCAAGCAGGCUCGGCAUCAUCGGCAGCUGGAACAGGAGCUGGUCCAACUCGCGAACCCCAAGAAUGACAGCGAACGUGAGAAGCUAUUUUCUCUGCUUCGUGGCGAGGUUUGCAACAUCGUGGAGAGGAUAGAGUCCCUCGAAUACAAUGAGCCGAAGGAUGUAAAGCACCAGCUGCGAGAUUGCAUGUGUUGUGCGACAGACGUGGAAGUUUUGAUCAGGAAGAUUGUUAGGGCUACUAAAGACCAAGACGUGAAGGUCGGGUUGGAGAAACAGAUGAACAGGCUGCGCGUUUGCGUAUACCCAGAGAUCCAGAGAGUGAAAAAGCUGCUGGUCCCCAAUGUUGACGAUGCUUAA